UUAAAAAAAUCCCUCGAGAUCACAUGGUACAAAAUCAAUUUCUGGCUCCAAAUUGUAAAAAAAACAAGUAAGUCACAAAAAAAUUGGCCAAAUUCAUAGUGGAAUAUCUUUACCGAUAUUCAAUGGAGGGGGGCGGGUUGACAGUUCAGAGCCACAUGGCCGACGGUCAGGACUUCGCGGUGAAGCGUAAGUCCCCGAACCACGGCAUGCUUAGGAGACGAAAUACGUAUGUCUUUUCUCCCGCAGACCCUGAGCCAGGCGAGGACGGCGAGAAGUCGCUGAAGGCUGAGAUACUACAGCUCAAGAACAUACUCGCGACCUUGACUAUGAAGUACAAGAUAGCCGAGGACUCGAGGAAGGUGAUGACCCGACGCAACUCCAUCCUCUUCGACGACAACCAAUUCCUUCAGGACAAGCUCUUGGAUCUAGAAGGCAGGAGGAUCUUGGCAGAAAAGGAGACAUACGAUAUGAGCCUUCAGGUCAAAAAACUCGAAGAGGCGCUCAAGAUGUUCAUGAACGAGGGGAAAGAAGGCGUCAAGAAGGUCAUGAGAUGCGAGACCCUCAACGCCUCCACGUCCUCCACGGAUCUCAUAUCUACCGACGACUUCUGCUCCAAGUGCGGCUCCAAGAAAGAGAUCAUCUGCGAAGUCAAGAAUUCAGAGAGCAUCAUCAUCUCUGGGGAAGAAAUACACAGGAUCGACGAGGACAUGAUGGAGCUCAAAGGCGCACUGCAAAAGAGGGAGGAGGCGUGCACGAGGAUAUGGGAGAGGGAGAGGGCUAACAGGAAUAAGAUACUCAAGCUGAACCAGGAAAUACAGAACCUUAGGAACCUCAACUCGUGGAAGGCGAACGAGCUCGACUUCAGGACAAGGGAGCUCAAGGUGAAAGAGAUGGAACUGAACGACGCUAAGAAGGAGAUACUACGGCUACAGAACAAGCCGCAGCCUGUCAAAUCGCAAAAUAGCGGCAUGGCGACGAGAGUGAAGGCGACGCCGAAGAAGAAGGACCCGGUCGCUAACCCGCCUAUGCGCUUCCGACAAUUCGGACCGGCUCAAAGACAGCAAACUGUCGGGAUCGGUAAAAUCGGAACGACCAACUCGCAGAAAAAAUUUGUGAACGUCAAUUAAAGACUUUUUUUAAGAGAGAAAGA